GCUUAAAUUGCCCAUCUUCAAUCUACUAUUCUCUCUCAUCCUCUCUCAUCCCUAGCAUAACCAUCAUGGUUCGUUCUACUCUUGCCCUUGUGGCUCUCGUAGCAGCAUCGGCUUAUGCUGCCCCACUUCCACACGGUGAUAAGAGAGCUGAGGCCGCUCCAUGGUACAAGGAGAGUGCUGCUGCGGAUGAUGCCGGCCUAGCUAAAAGAGCUGAGGCCGCUCCGUGGUACAAGGAGAGUGCUGCUGCGGAUGAUGCCGGCCUAGCUAAGAGAGCUGAGGCCGCUCCAUGGUACAAGGAGAGUGCUGCUGCAGAUGAUGCUGGCCUAGCUAAAAGAGCUGAGGCCGCUCCGUGGUACAAGGAAAGUGCUGCUGCGGAUGAUGCUGGCCUAGCUAAGAGAGCUGAGGCCGCUCCAUGGUACAAAGAGAGCUCUGCCGCUGAUGAUGCUGGUUUGAGCGAGAGAGCUGAGGCCGCUCCAUGGUACAAAGAGAGCUCUGCCGCUGAUGAUGCUGGUUUGAGCGAGAGAGCUGAGGCCGCUCCGUGGUACAAAGAGAGCUCUGCCGCUGAUUCUGCAGGCCUAGACAAGAGAGACGCUGCUGACGCUGUUGCGGCACGUCAAGAGCAAUUGAAACGUGAGGUUUUCGGAAACAUGCGAAAAGAGCACUUGAAAGUUUCCGCAGAGAAGGUAUCCUAAACUACUACCUCAUGGAAACCGGUCGGGAAAUUCGGUCCGCAGCCGAGCUGGGCUUCAAGCCGACGAUGGCGUUACCUGGGUUGGCCGAAAACGGAAACGAGGUCGGAUUUGGGUAUGCCUACGCCGGGCAACAUCAGAGCCAUUGUGUUGAAUUCCUUGCGAACGCGAUCGAAAUCGGAAAAGCGAAUCUUCAUGACUUUUAUUUGUUUCAUGUUAUCCACUGCCUGUCUCUCAUUAAGCUGUACUCCCUCCAACUACAUGAUAAAGAGCCUUUCACUACGUUGACGCCUGUUGCAAAUGCGCUGGUGCAAUCCCAUUUUCCGCAGUCUAUCAACUAGGCUCGGAUCAAGGCGGAGGCACUUUGCUAUUAGGGAUGUAUAGGUCGGCAUUAGUUACUUUCGUAUGAAUUUAUCA